AUGACAUCUGAAAAGCACAUGAAAGGAUGCUACAGUGAUAACUGCCAGAAAUGUCCUGACAAUGAAUAUCCGGAUGAAAAUAAAACAAAUUGCAUUCCCAAAACGUAUGACUUUCUGUCAUAUGAAAAUGAUAUUCUGACUUUAGUUUUCUCUUUAAUCUCUCUUUUUUUUUCACUCAUAACUGUCUUUAUUUUGGGACUAUUUAUUUUAUUCCGGGACACUCCCAUUGUCAGAGCAAAUAACCGGAAUCUCAGCUUCAUCCUCCUGGUCUCUCUCAUGCUGAGCUUCCUCUGUGUGUUUCUGUUCCUCGGUCGUCCUGUGGAUAUAACCUGCAAGCUGCGUCAAACCUCUUUUGGGAUCAUCUUUUCAGGAGCUGUAUCUUCUGUACUGGGCAAAACAAUCAUGGUUUAUAUGGCUUUCAAAGCUACUAAACCAGGCAGCAUGUGGGUUGGGGUCAAAGUGUCUAAUACCAUAGUUCUGAUAUGCACAUCUAUCCAGAUCCUAAUUAAUGUUCUUUGGUUGUGCAUUUCCCCUCCUUUUCAAGAACUGGACAUGCACUAUUACCCUGGAAGGAUCAUCAUUCAGUGUAAUGAAGGCUCAGUUAUUGCGUUCUACUCUGUUCUGGGUUAUAUGGGGGUUCUGGCAGCUGUUAGUUUUAUUAUUGCUUAUUUAGCCAGGACAUUACCGGACAGUUUUAAUGAGGCCAAGUAUAUCACCUUCAGCAUGCUGCUGUUCUGUAGUGUGUGGAUUGCAAUGAUCCCGGCCUAUCUGAGCACAAAAGGGAAAGACAUGGUGUCUGUAGAGAUCUUUGCCAUAUUAACUUCUAGUGCUGGCUUGUUAGGCUGUAUAUUUUUUCCUAAAAUUUAUAUAAUGCUUAUAAAACCUGAAAUGAAUACCAAAAGGCAUCUUCUGGACAAAAUUAAGUCAUAA